AUGAGCGUUCACCCAGAUUCCUUCGAUCUGGGGCCCUUCACCGCUCCUCGUCUGUGGACGGGGCUGUGGCAACUCUCCAGCACCGCAUGGGGCACUGCGUCAGCAGCCAAGAUUCGCCAGGGCAUGGCUAGGCAUGUGGAACAGGGAUAUACAGCUUUCGCGGACCAUUAUGGGAGCGCGGAGAUUCUCUUUGGACAAUUCAGGGAGUCACUCCCGCCGUCACAGAACGUGAUAGGAGCCACGAAAUGGUGUGUUUUUAAACAAACAGAUCCAUCCCGCGGUGUCGUGGAAAGCGCCGUUCGAGAGCGCAUGACCCGCAUGCGAACGCAGCGCAUCGAUCUUUUGCAGUUCCACUGGCAGAACUACAGUGAUAAAGGUUAUAUGAAGGCACUCCGUCACCUGCAAGACCUCCAACAGGAGGGUCUUAUCACCACUUUGGGCUUGUGUAACUUUGACACGAUCAGAACCGAUGAAAUCUGCACUCAGCUAGGCCCAGGUUCAAUUAUCACCAAUCAAGUGCCGUUUUCUCUGAUUGAUACUAGGGUGCUCCACGGGAUGGCCGAUGUGUGUGAGAAGCACGACCUCAAGCUUCUGACCUAUGGCUCCUUGUGCGGAGGGUUUCUCUCUGACGCCUGGUUAAACAAACCGGAGCCCGACCCAUACUCUGGAUCCCUGACGCCGUCGCAGCGGAAGUACCUCGAUGUCAUAUUAAAGGUCUGGGGAGACUGGCAGCUCUUCCAGACCCUCCUCUCUGUUCUUCGUUCCAUCGGCGACCGCCACAGGAACGCCAGUAUAGCCAACGUGGCUACAAGAUGGGUGCUUGAUCACCCAUUUGUCGGGGCUAUCCUCGUCGGGACACGGUUGGGCGUGUCAGAGCACCCGGAUGAUAAUCGAAAUGUCUUCCGGUUUCAAUUAACCCAGGAAGACAGGGAUGACAUCGAGUCCAUAUUGGAUCGGUCUACGGGACGCAAAAUGAUCACCUUGAUCGGAGAUGUUGGAGCAGAAUAUCGGUGA